CUCCGCCGCGCGGGGGUGCUGCGCUCGGCGCUCGCUUGCUCAGGUCUGCGACGCCCGCCGCUGAGGGAGCGGCGGGAGGGCGAUGCUCGUUGCGGCCGCCCCCGCCUGAGGGUUCCGUCCGGUUCUGUCCGGUCCGGUCCCGCGGUGGUGGGCAUGGGGCUGGGCUCGAGCUCCGAGGUCCCCGACGGCGGUGCCGAGGGAUUCCACGUCCACGGGGUUCAGGAAAACUCCCCAGCUCAACAAGGAGGACUGGAACCUUUCUUUGAUUUCAUCAUUGCAAUAGGACACACUAGGCUUAAUAAGGAAAACAAUAUGUUGAAAGAUCUGCUGAAGGCAAAUGCUGAAAAAGCAGUGAAGCUGGAGGUGUAUAAUAUCAAAACAAUGAAAAUAAGAGAGGUGGAGGUGAUCCCCAGUAACAUGUGGGGAGGACAAGGUCUUCUUGGAGCCAGCGUGAGGUUCUGCAGUUUCCAGGGAGCCAAUGAACACGUGUGGCAUGUUUUGGAUGUUGAACCUGCGUCUCCUGCAGCUCUAGCUGGUCUCCAGCCGUACACUGACUACAUUGUUGGAUCUGAUCAGAUCCUUCAGGAGUCAGAGGAUUUCUUUUCACUGAUUGAAUCCCACGAGGGGAAGCCGCUGAAGCUGAUGGUUUAUAACACUGAAGCAGAUUCCAUUCGAGAGGUAGUUGUGACUCCCAAUGGAGCUUGGGGUGGAGAAGGAAGUUUAGGAUGUGGUAUUGGAUAUGGCUAUUUGCACAGAAUUCCAACACAGUCUGUAGUAUUGAAGAAAAAGCCAGAAAGCAAACCACCUUCACCCUUACCAGAAGCUGGAACUCCUGUACCAUCUACUAAUGGUUACACAGAGACUCUGUUAAUGGCACCUGCUUCUCAGAGUGACAGCUCUGAAAUAAUUAUGAACUUGGACCAUUCCACAGAUCAAGAAAUGAGUGGUUAUUCACCGGAAAGCUCCCUUUCUCCUCCCCCCCCUCUCCAGAGAGUUAUGGAUCCAGGAUUUUUAGAUAUGUCUGGCAUCUCAUUUCCUGAACUCACUGACCUAACAAAAGCGUCCAACACGUCUUCGUCUGCCUCCUUCAGCAUGCCAGCAGCAGAUGCUGUAGUAGGCACCGAAAAGUUACUGUCAAACAAUGAAGCUUCUGCUUAUUUUGAAAAUGCUACGCCUUUGGACCCUGAAGAUGUAACCAUGUAUUCUGAAGGCUCAGUCAAGCAGCCUGAGUUGGACAACCUGCUGCCUUCGGUUCCAUCUUUACCUUCUUUUACUCUUCCUAAUGAAAUUUCUUCAAAAACAACACUAGGAACUGAUCCUGAUAACCGAGAAACAAAGCUGCUCUCAAACAGCGUUGACAGCUUGUUAACCACUAUUCCUGUGAAACCAGAGGAUGAAGCAGUAUGUGAACAGAAAGAGGGAGAAGCUGCACAAGAUCAUGAGUGAAACAGGUGCUGCUUUUGUUUACAGACUGCCAUAUGCUGUAAUACUACAGCUUGGAGUAUUUUUCUGAUUUUGAAAGAAUUACAGCUAUUCUAUUUUGUUAGUGUAGACAGUGCUAUAAAAAAAAUCAUAUGAAAUACAUAUCCUGUUGCCUUUUCCAAUCAUUGUUGAAUGGGUUGAUCUGUAUUCAAACUUUGAAUGCUGUCUAAAAUCACCAAAUUAAUGGAGAAAUUAAUGUAGAAACAAUUUGGAGACUGGCAAAAUGCUAAGUUCCUGAAUUUGUUCGCCUACAGAUGCUCCUGAAUGUAUUUAUGAAGGCACUCCGCCUGAGCAGUGACACUUAAUGAUGACUUUCUCAGUAUCAUUGGCAUUAAAAAAAAUUAUUUAUGGUUUUGACUUGCUAGAAAGCUUUUCUAACGGUACACCUCACUUUGACAGGUCUUGUGACUUUCAAGGCAUUUCCUAUCUGAAGAUAUCUUUGCUUACUACUCUGCAAACUCCGUUUUUUCUUGUUUUGGAGUCCCUUCUCUGUAACCGUUAUUCAUGUACCUUCUCUAUAACUACUUUUGCAGGAAAGGAAGUACCAUAUGGUUUCAAGUCACAGCAUAUAGACAGGACAAAAUUGUGUGGGUGGGUCACUUCAGUUCUUCAAUGGACCACAUGACAGUUUCACAGUAAAAAAAAAAAAAGGGUGAGGGGGAGAGAAAUGAUGAAACCACCUGAAUUCAAAGAUCAUUUUAAGUCAGGCCCAUGUGUUUUUUAGGGUGAUUAACCUUUUUAGUGGAGUUGAAUACAUCUUGGUUUCUGUAGUGACAGAAAUAGUUUUUCUUUAGUUGUGCUUCUCUGUUUUUAUACAAAUCAUUAGGUUUAAGACAUGGGGAUGGAACACACUAGUGCAGCACUAUCUAUUGCUUUUUCUAGCUGCUUUGUUUUGUUUGCACUUGUCUUCUAACAGCUUCUGAAUGUAGUAGCAAACAUGAACUGAACAAAGAAAGAAAUGUGGGUGUUUUCAUACCCCUCAGGGCAGUGAUUUAUGAUGGAAUUUUAAAUCUGCUGAUUAGGAAUAAAUUCACUAUAGCUGCUACAGUUACUGUGGUGAAAAUCUUCCAUGAAUUAAGAUAACUACAAUGUUGGGUGUGUUUUUAAGCCAGAGUAUACUUACUUAGCACAAUAUUGUCUAAUUGCCUUUUCUCCUACCCUGUUUCUACACUGGAGAUUAGUAAGCAGAAGUGACUGAUAAGGCUGAAACCUAGUAGCAGUGUGGUAGGGGAGCCUGGGUCAUGCUGAUUUGCCUGUCACUGCUCCGCUUCAGCAGGACGGUGCAGAUGAAGUUGCAACACAAGAGAAGUCUUCAGCUGAGUACAUGCUUACAUGAAAUCAGUCCUUUGUAUCCCUUAAUCUGUUAGUCUUAAACAGUGUUCACAUAAAAUGCAGUAGCUUUGGCCAGGAUGGUCACAAUACCUUCUGCAUUAAAGAAUGCAUUAAGCUCUACUGCAGGUAGUAGAUUUAAGAGAUGAGAAAUCUAGUCUUCUAAAUCAUCCGUUAAUAGUGAACAGAUUUUUUUACUAUACUGCUAAAAUGUCCUCUUUUCUUCCCCCAGCUGACUGUUACAAGGCUGAACAGCCAAACACUAAAAAUAAAUGUAACUUAAGCUAUGGGUAAGUUUGGUCUCAGACCCUGAUGACUGAAGACAUCUAGGUGAUCUAUUUGUUGGGGGGUUUUUUGUUGUUUAUUUCGGACUGUUUCUAGUCUUAAACCUUUGUCAAAACUGUUUUUAAGCUGGUAGUAGCUUAUUUAAGUGAAGCUAUACCAUAAGCACCCUUUAGAAAUUUAAGAGCAAGGAGUGUCAAAACCCAAACUAAACUUCAAAUAAUUAUUUCGGUAAUAAAUGGCUUAACACUUA